CAACAACAACAACAACAACAACAACAACAACAACAACAACAACAACAACAACAACAACAACAACAACAACAACAACAACAACAACAACAACAACAACAACAACAACAACAACAACAACAACAACAACAACAACAACAACAACAACAACAACAACAACAACAACAACAACAACAACAACAACAACAACAACAACAACAACAACAACAACAACAACAACAACAACAACAACAACAACAACAACAACAACAACAACAACAACAACAACAACAACAACAACAACAACAACAACAACAACAACAACAACAACAACAACAACAACAACAACAACAACAACAACAACAACAACAACAACAACAACAACAACAACAACAACAACAACAACAACAACAACAACAACAACAACAACAACAACAACAACAACAACAACAACAACAACAACAACAACAACAACAACAACAACAACAACAACAACAACAACAACAACAACAACAACAACAACAACAACAACAACAACAACAACAACAACAACAACAACAACAACAACAACAACAACAACAACAACAACAACAACAC